ACACACUAACAGUCUGAGCGGAGGUCACUCACGCCUCAGUUCGCGAUGACGGACAACCAACUCGUAGAAAUUCUCCCGGAAGAUUGGCCCGAACUGUGCGCUUUGUUCCGCCGGAACUGGCCGGAGCACGUGUUUGCGUACGGGCUGGUAAGCAACUAUAUCAAGUGGAAGCAGCAAUCUUCCAUGGAGACAAACGUACAAAUUUUCUCUCUCAACGGGACGUGGCCGGAGAAUGGCACCUUUCUGCUGUUUGACGAGUUUGAAAUUUACUUCUACUCGAUGGAUGUCGAGUCGGGGUACAAAUCGCUAAGUGAUGCACUAUGCCUGGUCAAGUGGGAGGGAUAUCGGGAAGUUAGUAUGGAUUUUCUGGAGAAACACCGUGCUGCCUUGGAUGUAGCGAUAAGUGAAAAGAGUUUGUUCGUGGCAAAGGAUACUCUUACCAACUUUUACUACAAAUCCAAGGAAGUGGUAGCUAGAGACAAAGUCGACCUAGAAGGACUUCGUUUUGAUCGCGUUACGGUUGAUCAGCUGGAUCACAUCUACAAUCAGUGGCCAUUGAGAACUAGUAUAAGUCAAGAUUCUGGGUACAAUCUCUUGAAACGAUUAAUUUUGCUGAAUGAAAGCAUUGGACUGUUCAAUACCAAAGAUGGAAGUAUGCUUUCUUGGUGUUUAAGGGAUCAAACUGGUGCAUUUUCCGAUCUUCAGACCAUGGAGACCCACUUGCGAAAGGGUUACGGUCGUGCAGUGGUGAGCGAGUUCAGUCGCCAACUAGCUGUUCAAGGAGAAGACUCCUAUGCAUUCGUGCUGGCUAGCAAUGAGAGAUCCUGUAAACUUUUUGAAUCCUGUGGGUUUACUAAAAUAACACAUUUGCAUUGGGUUGUGGUAAGACAGAAUGGAUAGUUACAAUGCUAAUAAAAUACAGAUUUAUUC